GCAGUCUACCUCGUAAAGGAAAUUUAGUGAGAAUGGCAGCAUUACGAUUCGUGAGAACGGUUUGGGAAAGUUUCCAAACGACGUCAGGCUUAGAGCCAGCUCUUCUUCGCAAUCUCAAAAUCACUGCCGCACAACCUGGGACUGUAAAUCUUGAGUUGGAAAUUCAGAAGGAGCAUACGAAUAGACUUGGCAUACUUCAUGGAGCGACUAUUGCAAGCAUUGUCGAUAGCGGAGGCUCUCUCGCUGUGGCUUCGAGGGGCCUGCAUGCCACAGGAGUUUCCACUGACCUGAAUGUUACGUAUCUCAACUCCGGCGGCAAAAUUGGUGACCUCCUUCGUGCGGAAGUUACCUGUGACAAAUUCGGCAAAAAUCUCGCCUACACAUCUAUCAAAUUCACAAAUAUAAGGGAUGAACUGGUUGCUCGAGGAAGCCAUACCAAAUAUAUUGCAAUGGCUUGGAAAGAUCCUAAAAAUAUUGUCGACGAAUUGUCGCCGAGGGAAGAAAAGUCCUAGUGACAGGAUCAUCAAUCACAAUGGGACUAUAUCAUUCAAAGAAAGCGGGCUGUUUUAAAUUCAUGAUAGAAACUUUACCAUAUCGAUUUUUAUACCAAUUCCAAAUCGCUUAUUCCAGGCGUGC